GAUAAACCCCAUAGAAGAAGAAGAAUAAGAAGAUAGAGGGAGAGACGGAGACCAUUUGAUAGACAUCAGGAUACCGCUAUGGCUUUGCGGCACGGUUUGGACUCGCAGAUAGUAAUAGUUGGCUGUGGAAUAUCUGGUAUUGGAGCAGCUUUGAAGUUAACCAAACAUGGUUUCCGCAAUGUGAGAAUCCUGGAAGCGACGGGGCGGAGUGGAGGAAGGAUAAAGACAGGCAAAAUGGGUAAUAACAUCAUAGAGAUUGGUGCUAACUGGAUCCAUGGUCCGUCGGAGGCUAACCCAGUGUUCUGUCUGUCCAGACAGUACAGCCUGCUGGACCCAGAGAGCCUGACUCCGGAGAACCAGGACCUGGCUAUAGGAGGUCACCCACCAUGGGUACCAAACUGGUUCUCCAGCUCUGGUCAUAAGCUGACUCCAGAGCUGACGGGUCCUGCCGUAGAGCUGUUUGCUGAGGUGUUGGAGGAGGGAGGCGAGUUCAGCGAACAGGAAGGAGAACCGUAUAGCAGUGUUGGAGAGUUCAUAAGGACAGAGGUGUGUCAGCGUGCAGCAGAGCGGUGGCAAGGUGACAGUCUGUCCUGUCAGUCUGUCCGUCUGUCUUUGAUCAGUACUCUGUUGAAGGCGGAGUGUUGUGUGAAUGGAACACACACUCUGGACACGCUGGGCCUGGGAGCCUUUGGACUGUACAAGACCUUGCCUGGAUUGGACUGCACCUUCCCCCGAGGUUAUGAAGGGUUAAUCGACAACUUGAUGAAAGAGCUUCCUACUGGGAUAGUCUCCUACCAUCGACCAGUCCGCUGUGUCCACUGGCAGAAGGUGGUGAGGAAAGGAGGGAGAGAGUACCCUGUAGUGGUGGAGUGUGAAGAUGGAGAGAGAAUCCCAGCAGACCACGUCAUCCUCACUGUCCCUCUCGGUUAUCUGAAGAAGCAUCAUGGUACCCUCCUCUCGCCUCCUCUACCCCUCCACAAGCUGCACUCUGUUCAGAGGAUGGGCUUUGGAACCAACAACAAGAUCUUUGUGGAGUUUGACCAACCCUGGUGGGACGACGACUGUGAGGUCAUAUACCUGGUCUGGGAAGACGAGUCAGACUUGGUGGACCAGGUAUCAGAUGUGGAGAGACUCUGGAUCAAGAAAAUGUUUGGUUUCACUGUCCUCAAACCCACUGAGCGGUAUGGCCAUGUGUUGUGUGGCUGGAUCGCUGGUCAUGAGUCUGAGUUGAUGGAGACUCUGCCAGAACAGGACAUCACACACUCCGUAACACACCUGAUACGCAGGUUCACAGGGAACCCAACCAUCACCCCACGGCGUGUCCUGAGGUCUCAGUGGUUCCAUGACCCAUGGACCUGUGGCUCCUACACCUACACCGCUAUUGGAACCUCACUGCAGGAUAUACACAACCUGGCUGAACCACUACCACAACAAGGGGAACAGCCUCUCCAGGUGUUGUUUGCUGGAGAAGCCACCCAUCCUUCCUUCUUCUCCACUGUCCAUGGAGCGCUGCUUUCUGGCUGGAGGGAAGCUGGUAGACUCAUAUCUCACUACUCCGCCCCCAGCACAUUUCAGCCAACCAGAUCAAAGCUCUAAGGACAAGAACUCACCCGUUGUAAAAGUGUUAUAUACUGAACAAAAAUGUAAAUGCAACAUGCAACAAGAUUUUACUGAGUUACAGUUUGUAGAAGGAAGUCAGUCAAUUGAAAUAGAACAAUUAGGCCCUAAUCUAUUCAUUUCACAUGACUGG